AUGGAAGAAGCCAAAGAAGGAGCUCCCUUGGAAGAUAAAUGCUCAGGAAAUGAAGAACCCAAAAAAGGGAAAACAACCAGAAGAUGUAAAAAAGUAAAAGUGUUACACAAAACGAAAUCGAACGAGAAGAGGAAAAAAUCGUCCAAGAAUUUUAAGACCUUUAAAACGUUCAGAUAUUUUAAGCCCUUCAGACAUUUUAAAAAUUCGAAAAAUUUGAAAAAUGUGAAAAAUUGUAAAAGUCAGAAAAAGAGGGAAAAAGAAAAGGCAAAAAAGAGAGCCAAAAAGAAGGCGAAGAAAAAUGCCCCCAAGGGGCUCCUGCCUGUGGGGCAGGCCAGACCGACGGAACUCCAAAAUGAGGAAGACGUCACUCUGGGCAACGUGGAGAACCAGCUGUCAAACCAGCUGUCAAACCAGCUGUCAAACCAGACGUCAAACCAGCUGUCAAACCAGCUGUCAAACCAGCUGAGCCCAACGCAAAACAUGGCCAAUUCGAGCAAUAGUAGCAAAACAAAGUGGAAAAAUAUUAGCAGCAAUGCUGGAUAUGCCGCUUUGGCUGAGGAUAAAUCUGUUCCUAACCAUUCUGAUGAGCAAAAGAGGGGAAGCGUCAACAAUGAUUAUGAAAUUAAAGGCAGUGUAGAUGAGGACCACCCCUUUUCAGUCCACACCGAUGUAGCCAUGGAAAAGACACCACCUGUGGAAUCGCAAGAAGGAGAUAACCUUAACCCCGUAGUGGAAAAGAACUUGCCAAAUAGGGCAACACAACUGGUUGUCACCAUACAGCAAUGCCAAAAAAAAGCAUGUAGGGAAGCAAAUUGGACCGUUUUGGAGCCCCACAUGGGUAACCUUCAAAGGAACUGCUGCCGCGGAGGAGAAGAAGAAAUGGCUAAGGUGAAUGGAAGCGGGAUCAGCAAACAGAAUGACCCGAACGAACCGCUGCAAGAUGACAUGCAUCGCGCAGAGCACGAAGCAGAGGCACGAUAUCACCUAAUAGACCCACUAGGAACGAAACAAACAUCGAGAAUUCAAUUCAGAGAGCUCAUCUCAUCGAUGAAAGAUGACACCAAAAAUAUCAUCACGAUAAUGGAAAACCUCAGCGAAGAAAAACUGCUCUAUUUAACCAUCCCAUUUAGCGAAAAUUACGACAUUGUAAAAUAUUUCAAUUUCCUGUCUCUGGAGAAAAUAAAAAAAAUGAUAAACUUGCUUCAUGUAGAUAAUUACAAAAAUUUUAUUCUCUCAUUUAACCAAAAAAAAAUAACUGAAAUUGUGAACCACGUGUCUAUUAACACAUCCAUUAGUAUACUCUUAAAUCUAGCCAGCAACAAAGUAGCAUACAUAUUAAACCAUAUAGAGGAAAAAAUCCUCAUCAAUUUGUUGAAUGGGAUACCUUUAUGUAAAUUUUAUCACAUUGCAGAAUGCUUACCUAUGCAAAAAAUAAGUCUCUUCUCAAUCAAUAUAACUUACGAAAAAUUGUAUGUAAUGUUCAACUCGUUGCCGUCUAAAAAAUUACAUCAGCUAGCCAAUAAUCUCUCUGUAGAAACUCUCAACAAGUUGAUAAAUGAAUUGCCUUUAUACAAAUCUGUUAAGGUGUUGAAAAUGUUACCCCCUUUCAAAAUUGCACAUUCGAUUAACGUGAAGGAAUUGACUCCUCUGUUUGCCUCUGAAAUUGGGAGAUCUUUCAAUGCGCCUGAAAUUAUAGAAAUUGUGAAUUACCUAAAUGAGGGGAAUGCAGAUAUUUUACUCAGUAGAUGCAACUUAACCAAAAUUAUUCUCUACAUAAAUUACAUUUCAAUAGAAGAGUUUAAAUCUCUCACUCGAAAAUUGCCUACUCAUUUUUUGACACAAAUUGUUAAUGAUAUAUCUUUGAAAUUACUCGUGGAGUUGUUCGUCUCUCUGCCUGAGGAGAAGGCCGUUCCUUGCUUGUAUGCCCUCACGCAGAGGAAGCUCAACUUUGCUUUGCGCGUCACUUCGACGCAGAGGGUCAUAAUAGACAUCGUGUUGCGGCAAGGCGGGAGCUUCGAGCGGGGGCGCCACUCCACCGAAGCAACUAUGGACGUGACUACCACUGUUGCUACCGCCGUUGCCAUCACCGCUCCCAAUAUGGCUGCUCCCAACACGGCUUCUCCCAACGCGGUUGCUACCACCGCUGCUACCACCACUGCUACCUCCGUUGCCACCAACGCUGCCACUCCUACUAGCUACACCCAUGCGGAUGCCGCGCACCCACACAGGGAGCUGGUCAACAUGAUCGAUGAACACAAUUUGGCCCUCCUCCUUAACCAGCUGAACGCAGAGGAGUAUGCCCCAUUCUGCAAUUUGUUGUGCCAAGACAAGGUGGAACACAUCGCCAACUCCGUCUGCGUGGACUGCAAAGCCGCCGCAGCGCUUAUCCUUCAUUUGCCGCUUACAAAAAUGAUUGAGAUUCUCCAAAGGGCAAGACAAAAACGAAGGGAAGAAAUGACGAAAUAUAUGCCAACCUUUGUCUCCCACAUGGUCCUCCACAAACCAAGUAACAAAAAGUGCAUGAACAAGAUAGAACAAAUGUUUAUCACUUGCAAAUUACUACGACUGAGAAAAGUUUUUAGGAACAGUAAAAAAAUUUCCACUCUGAAAAAAAAAAAGAAAAAAUUAAAAUGUUACCUUUUGAGAAAAAAAACAAAUGACAUUAUACGUAGCAUUAAUGUGAAAAAUUAUUCCAAGUUUUUGAACUCCAUUUCUUGUGCCAAAAUUGUGGAAAUGAAUCGCGUCAUCGACAACAUCAUGUGCAGGCAUCCAUACACUGAGCCUAAAGUUAUGGAUUGUCUUUUCUUUUUCUUUAACUUUUUUGCGAAAAUCGAGGCCUCGAAGUGGAAGACAGAGGGGAGGACCCUACAGUGGUUAACCAAGGACAAUGCGAAAAAUGGGGAGCAGCAGCAACAUGGGGAGGUGCCCCCAAAUGGGGAACCCCUGCAUGACACCUAUAAGCAGACCAAACUGUGCCCCCGCGAGGGUAACACAAAAACAGGGCAGUUAAGCCCCUCCCCUGCGAUAACCAAAAGGAACCCCUCCUUAUAUGACACGACGAUAAAAAAAAUUACAACCCAUGCAAUCCAUACAAACCAAAGGGGAAUAAGCCAAGUGGCGACGGAGACAGGAAAAUGCAAUCCCACCAUCAACAAAGUGAGGAGCUCCUUCUACACAUUUUUAGUACACUUUGUUUGUUUCAUAAAAAUGCACAUAGAAAAGUACGUACUACAGAGUUGGGGAGAUUGGCACCACGUGGGAGGAGAGAAAGAGCCUCCCCCCAUUUGUCCACCAAGCGGUUUACCCUUAAAAGGGGAAUUUCCAUCAAAUCACGAACAGGGUAGUAUCGACCCCCUCGAUGAAGACUCCAGUGUGAUCGAACCCUACCCCCAAUGCAGAACGACAUCCAGAAUGCUGACCCCUACCAACAGUAAGUUAAUCUUCAACAGUGUCAGAAAAAUUAUGAAAAAUAUAUUCUACUCUGUUAGGAAGAUAAACCAAAUAGGGAAUCCUUCCCUUGUCUUGAAGCACAUCUCUAUGAUUAACAUCAUACGGGCUGAUAUAGUACAAUGCAGAAGUGAAAGGAGGAAGGAGGAUUUAAAAAAGAGGAGUGGAUGGGACUACUCCAUGGGGACUCCAAUAAAGAGUAUACGUAUUAAAGAUGGAAGAGCCACCAUCAUUGGGGUUAAAAACAGCGCCGAUGUUAUCCGCCAGAGUAGCAACUUCUUCAGUGAAAAAUAUCCACUCGCAAAAAAUAUAUUCAGCGAAAUGGAAAAAAAAAAUUGCACAAAUGGGGCAGGCGAUGGGGAGAGAACUAAAGAGAGAACUAAAGAAGCUAUGACAACAUUAGAAGAUGUUGUGAAGAAGGAGGAGAAGAAGAAAGAAUCUAACUACACCAUAGGAAUGCCACAAAAUGGUAUGACCACAUGCGCACUUAAGGAAGGGGAAACUCUCGAAUUGAGGAACUUUCGUACAAAUGCCAAGGGAAUAAUUGGCUCUGUGUUCAACGUGAACAAAAGAGAGUCAUGGAAAUAUGACCCACUUGUUAAUGAUCAAGGGGAUAACCACAUCGCAGAAAGAAGCGAUCGAAAAAAAGACACAAAUGAACGUAGAGCUCUCAUUAAAAAAAGCAAAAAAAAUUACUUGAAGAAGUUAAAGAAUAUCCCCCAAAUGGCCAGUUUUAAAAGAUUCACACGUAGAGAUAAACACCUCAGUAGUAGACCACGUAAAGUUACACCUCCAAAUGUAAGCAUAAAUGCUCCAAUGGGAAAUUGCCAAAUAGAUCGACAAAAAAGCAGAAACACUACUGCUAACCCGCGCAUUAAUGAGAAAGCAUUUUUUUCCACCCCAAAUAGCCAAACAGAAGAAGUACCAUCGGACGUGUCCACUAAAGGGAGGAAAAACAAAGUGUCCCUCUUAAAAUUCAUAUUCGCUUUGAACGAUUCGAAUGAUAAGAAGUACGCUAAUAACAUAACCCUAAUCAUAAAUUUUUUUUUUUUGAAAAAAAAAAUAUUUCUGAGCAAGUGCAAGAACCAAAUUGUGGGAUCUUCUCUAAACGUACUUAUAAAUAAUAACGGUUGUAAGAGGUUAUUAAAUUUUAGUGCACCCCCUAACGACACCUCAUGUUACAUUAAUUCGAACAUUGUAUCUCUGCAAUAUGACGACACGGAUGCUAUUCAAAAUUUGUAUUCUUUGACAUCUAGCAAAUCGGUUCCCAUGUGCACUACACCGGGAAUCAUCCCGUCCACUGAUGUGCAUACCGACUUGUCCACUAUUCCACAAAAGGAGGAACCCAAAAAUCGUUUCAAAAAUAAAAAGUUAUCAACACAAAUGAACAAACAGAAGAAUAACAUGUCAAUUAAAAACAUGUGUAACGAUUUAAAUUCUAGCAUCAUCCUUCUUUGGAAGUCCUCCCAAUUUGGCUACAUCCUCUUAGACGCACAUAAUUCUCUGCAUAUAAGUAUACAUGACCCCUCGAGUCAGUUUUCUCUGAACCUGUUCAGGCAACAUGAUGAUGCAUCCGUAGGGAGAGAUACCUACAGAAAGGGUAACUUAUUUUUCUUGAAAAAGGGGAAGAAAAAAAUGAGCUUCAAAAAGAUCAAAUCGAUGUUCUCAAGGAUAUUAGAGAAGAAGAAAUCUGCCCCAGUUGCGAACAGGUCCAGUGAUGCGAUCAUGGAAAGGAGACAAAGUGGGGCAGGAGGAGACAUGAGGAAAAGACAAAAUGGGGACAAUCUUCUCGAUAGGACUGCUUUACUCCAAAGUGGAAAGAAUCGCCUGAACGAGGGUAAAGGAGACACACCAGGAGACGUCAGCAGCAGGUGGGAUAACUCCGCCAAUGGAGACGGCCACAAACCGGAGAAACACCUAAUCAGUGACGAUAAUGAGGUGUAUUUCGGUGACGAGCACUAUAACUGCUAUGAGGGAGAGGUUCCCAAUGCGUUUGCCAACGAGGGAAGCCAUCUAAAUGGGGAGAAGAGCGCCUCCGUCAGCGGCCCCCUUGAACCCUCCCCCAAAAAUGAAAAGAAUGGCGAACUGGCUUUCCACCAGAAGAGAGCAGCAAACAUGAGGACUCCAAAGAGCGAACGCGCGCACCACACAGAAAAGUCAAAAACUGAAAAAAAGGGAGCAAACGGGGAAGAAGAAACAAGCGGGGAAAACGAAACAAACGGAAAAAACGAAGCAAACGAAGCAAACGAAGCAGACGAAGCAAACGAAGCAAACGAAGCAAACGAAGCAGACGAAGCAAACGAAGCAGACGAAGCAAACGAAACGGACGCAUGCAACAAACACGACAGAGAGCCUUCCCUAAAAAAUAAACACAGCAUAGUGAUCAACAAAUUCAGUAACAUUAUUAACGAGGCACAAAGAAUCCUGUCCAUAAAGGAAAAAAUUAUCAACAAGAAAAUAUUAGAACAAAUCCACGCGAGUUGCAUAUCCCCAAGCUCCCUAACCGAAAGUGAAAAGGAAAAAAUGAGAGAAAUAAAAAACAACGAACUUAACAAAAUUAUGGAAGAAGAAUUGCGCAAGGUAAAUAAAAAUUUCCAACCCAGAGAUACGCACUCGUUUGGAAACACCAGCUACACGGAUGAUGAGUUUAAUAUAAUUCUCUACCUAGAAAAAAGGAAAAAAAAGACCAAAAAGAGGCAAAGAAAAAAAAACAAGUCAUUCCUAUUAAGAGAAAAGAAAAAUAUCUUAUUCCAUUUCGGUUUAAUCGAAGUAAAAUAUUAAGAUUAAAAUUGUUGACUCUUAUUGAAAAUGCUUUAUCUAGUUAUGACGUCAACAUGGGGGAAGGUACCUUCAUCAGUGCAGUGGAUCAACACAGACAAGGUGAAACAAUAAAGGAAUAUAUCGACUCUUCUCCAGAAAAUAUCACCAACGGAUUCGAUUUUUCCCUUGAACAGGUUCCUUCUAACAGUUCUCACAACUUGGCAGAACAGUCCAUUUUUUCAUUUUUAAAUUCGAACCCUUCUCAAGAAAAAUCGAACAUAGAUAUGGUUCCUCUGAAUGGUGAUCCAAAUGGGUUUCAAAAAAAUAGAUUAACCUUAACGAACCAAGUGGAUGACGUCGAUCUAUUCGUCCUGAAUGAUGACAUAUGUAACGACCCCUCCCUCGAAAUGAAUAUAAACAUAGAGAAGAAAGAACGAAAUGCCCUAAUUACGAAUAGUAAGAUCCUCCCAAACGAGAUAAACAAAAAAAAGGAGCACCUACAGUAUGAACAAUUUUAUAAUGGUGUAGAUAUUACCCCAUUUGAACCCUACCACAGCUCCACUGCAACCCUCCUCGCAGAUAAGCAUCCCCCGAAUAAAUGUUCAUCACUGCAUCUAAGCAACAACUCCCACAAUAAAACGAAUACUCACACGAACACGAACAGAACGUGUGAGAGUUCCUACGAAAUUGUAAACAACGUAACAAUGCAUGAGAAAAACAACUCUACAAAAGGGUCAUCAUUAAGUGAAUCGAAUGGAAGUUUAAAUGAUGACACAUAUGUAAAUAAAAUUUCGACAUUCGAAAAUGUGUUGCAAUCGUUUCCUAAAUCUAUUCACCAUUUGGAAGGUGGAAGUGUCCCAAAAGGCACGGCUGCCGCUGCUAAAGGAAAGAACGAAUGGGGGGAAGCCCCAAAGGAGGUACUACAAACACAUAGCAGCUUAUUUUACAAGCAUGACUACAACAAUUUGGAGACGCAUUUAAACCAAAGAGACAGAGCCAAUCAUAUGAACAAAUUGGAUCAGGUUGAUACCGCCUCUCUGACGUUGGAAAAAGGGGAAGAAGAUGCACCUUUGAACAACGUGGAGCAUGCCAAACGGGGCGACUAUUUUGCACCACACAUAGUGGGCCAUUGCAACAAAUCGGAGGAUCUCCACUUGGAAUUAAGUCCACUCGAAAAAAAGUGCGUAAAACGACAUGACCUGUACAACAACGUUGGACAAAACCGCGUAACACAGCACGACGAAGCGCAUUUGGCAGAAAAAAGGGAACACUUCCUAAACGGUUUGCUCAGCCGGAUCCGCAACGAGCAGAACAGGGCUGACCACUUGGGUGACAACUUGGGUGACCACUCGGAUGGCAACUCAGCUGCGAACCCACAUAACGUGCUCGGGGGCGGGGCGGAAAAGGUGGGCCUCCUCAACCUGCACUGCCUGUUCGAAAAUAAGUCGGCGAAUUUUUGCCUGAUCAGCGAGGGCUGCGCUAAGGCCAGCAAUUACGUGAACGACAGCAUGCUGAUUCAUACCAAGCUGUACAAUGAAAUAUUCCACAUAAAGAAGGAUGAUAUGUCUACCUCGGAAAAGUGUUCCAUGCUAGGUAUGUCUAUCGCUUCCAACUCGAGCAACUCGUCAAACUUGUCCAGUAGCCACAACAGUGACAAGCGUCAUAGCGACUCGACGGAAAACCAAAUUAUGUGCAUUCACAAGAAGAAGAAAAUACUUUGUAACAGCUGCGGAAAUGUCCUCAAAAAAAAUCUCCUAAACGACCUGUUCUUCUUCAGAAUAACUAUAAUUAAUAAAAAGUCCUUUCUUUCCAAACGUGUAAAAAUCAACAUAUAUUAUCAGAGUCCUUUGAUCCGUGCCAACUUUGCUUCCAAGGACAAUGUUAGAUAUUCCUUGGAAAAAAAUAUGAUGGAAUAUAAGCUCAAAAUUAUUGCCAUUAAUAAAAAAAAAAUGCGAAAAAAAUUGUCUCUAUCCAAGUCGAAAUUUUUCAGAAAAUGUCUCGAAAUUGAGUUAAUUAGCAGUUUGGACAAUAUGCUAAUUUCUCAGGGUGAAGAAAAAAAAGGGGGGAAAAAAUGCUCAAGGGAUGGCAGCACUGUUCACUCCUCCAUGGACCAUUUCAAUACACAUAAGGAUGACCGCUUGGGGGAUAAAACAGAAACAAGAAAAAAUUUGUCCUAUGAGCAGAUAAAAAAUUAUUCAAAACGCUUGUCCAGCAUGAACCAGUCCUCCGACGAUGUGCCCCCUGCUAUAUACAAUUCACACUUUGCCAUACUAAACUUCAGCAUCCUGGACGAUAAAAAUAAGAAGUAAGAAAUAUGACGUGGAGAGGUUUAUAGUUCCUUCCACACUGUUUUACACCAAUGGGUAG